GCUGCAUCAACAGCUGCCCUGCUUUAAUCAGAGAGUUUCUGCCUGACUGACAGGAAACACGCCAAGCUAUGACUAUGCAGCUGAAAACCACAGCUGGGCUCUUGGACCUGCACGGUUCUGUGGGUCUGUUGGACUGGGACCUGGAUAAAGAGCUGAAACUGGCAACAACCACCGAGCAGGUUUAUCACGAUGAGAGAGUGAGUGAUCAGUCCGGGGCUCAGAGACCUGCCAGGCCCUCGACAGGAGAACAUGAACCCUUCGACAAAACCUCAGACAUUUUGAUAAAACCAAACUUGUGGCUGCUGGUGAAUCCCAACAUUGUCUGUCAGCUCCAGUACCAGCAGAAUGUCGAGCUGCAGCCUGAACUAGCUCAGGAAGUCCAGACAUCUGAGCUGGAGCCUGGAGAGAUGCUGCAUCCAUCUACAGCAGGUCUACACUUGUUGCCUUCCCAGGAGGCCCGGCUGCACUCUGGUCCUUCAGCUGAAUACAGUGUUGAGAACCUCUCCAGUCGACCAGUGAAGAACAGACGCAAGGGGAGGAUGACUAAGGCCAUGGACUUUAAGAGCUUGGAGCCAGGAUGCUGGCCUCGUCCUCCAGUCAAUUACUUCAUCCUCAUUGCUUUGGCACUGAAGAACAGCCAGACUGGGAGCCUCAAAGUGCAGCAGAUUUACAACUUCACCAGAGAACAUUUCCCCUUCUUUCAGACGGCUCCAGAUGGCUGGAAGAACACCAUCCGACACAACUUGUGCUUCAACAGCAGCUUCCGGAAGACUUGCAACCAGCUUUGCAGAGACGGGAAGAGGAAGUCGUGUUUCUGGCACCUGACUCUGGACGGACAUCGACGGCUGCAGGAUGAGCUCCACAUGCUGACAGGAGAAAUUCAAAAACUGCUGGAGAGGAGCAUGUCCAACCCAGCUUUACUUGAACUGUGAAGUCGGUGUAUAAUAAAACCCCA